GUUUUGUCGAAGAUGGAAGGAAACAGUCGUCCUCUUUUUGAUCUACCGGAAGUUUUGGACAAUGCUAGUGGAUGGGGUCCAGUCGGUACUCUCGUGAAGUAUCAAGAUUUGCCCUAUCAACAGUUCAAUAAGGCUGAUAAAAUUGGGAAGGUUGCAGAUUGGAUCGGGAUAAGUCAGUUCAAUGAACGCUUCAGACGUGGCGAUCGAUACGGUAAUCAGUACACGUCUGGUGCGGUUGGAUCGCAGUAUGAUUACGUGCACGAUGAAGAAGAUGCUACAUUCCAGCUGGUAGAUGGAAGUAAACCACAGCGAUCUAAUGUGCAGAGAGGAGGUCGAUUGCGUCAGCAGCAGUUGUUCUAUCGAAGAUUGUUGCAAAAGGAAAAUGAACGUCGCAAUCAAGCGGCUUAUGGGCAAAAUCAAAAGAUCAAAAGGAGCAUUGCAAAGGAACAACAAAAGGCGUUCAAACAAUGGCAAAGACGAGGAGGCGGUGCUCGUGGUCGUGGACGUGGAGGUCAGGGUUAUGGAAGAUGGGAUCAACGAAACCAGAAGCAGCUUGCCGCAAGUAUCGCUGUUCGUCCUGAAUGGCAGGUUCUUGAAGAAAUGGAUUUCCCGCGCCUUGCAAAACUCAACUGGUAUAAUGUCGAGCCUGGUCAAGAUAUUAAUGGUCAUCGUUACGGUCAGUUAUAUUACUAUGAUAAGAGUUUCGAUCGUGUUACGGUCAGAACAGAAAAACCAUUGCAACGUUGUGGAGGCACGUUCUAUAACUUGACCACUACGGAGGACCCUAUCAUACAGCAGUUGGCACAAGAGGAUGCAGGCAACGUGUUCGCAACAGAUAUGAUAUUAGCUACAUUGAUGGCUGCAACUCGUUCGGUAUAUAGUUGGGAUGUGAUCGCAUAUAGAGUUGGUGAUAAAUUGUUCUUUGACAAACGCGAUACGGGCGGUUUCUCAAAUCCUGUGGAUGCACUCACUGUAAGCGAAACUUCAACUGAUGCACCACAGAGCGAUGAUCCAACGAGUAUUAAUCACCCACGAAAUCUUGCCACUGAAGCGCUCUACAUUAAUCAAAACUUCAGACGUAUGGUUCUGAAAAGGAAUGAAGAGCCAUUCAAAUACGAUCAUCCGCGUUUGCCGUUCGACGAAGGCGACACGGACACUGAUUCUUGUGUUGCUUACAAAUAUCGUUCAUGGUCGUUGGGUCGAAAUGCCGAUGGAACUGAAGUUCGCCUGGUGUGUCGCACUGAGCAUGAUGGUGUUACGCUUGGACCGAACGGCGAACCGCAAACUCUGACUAUUAAGGCGUUCAAUGAAUGGGAUUCAAGGCUUUCGAGUGGUGUCGACUGGAGAAGUAAACUAGAUGCCCAAAAGGGUGCGGUGUUAGCAACUGAACUGCAAAAUAACAGUUGCAAGCUUGCUAAAUGGACUUUACAGGCACUGUUGGCUGGAUCUGAUCAGAUCAAAUUCGGGUAUGUGUCUCGUGCGAAUGUGCGUAACAGUGCUACUCAUGUGAUCUUGGGCACGCAACAAUAUAAGCCGAAUGAAUUCGCAACGAAUAUCACACUGAAUCUCGACAAUGCUUGGGGCAUUCUUAGAUGCAUCAUUGAUUAUUGUAUGAAGCAAAAGCCCGGCAAAUAUCUUCUCCUAAAGGAUCCCAACAAGCAAGUAGUCCGUCUGUAUUCAUUGCCAGAAGGAACUUUCGAAUCGAGUGACGAUGAAGACAGCAACUCGUCUAGUGAUGUUGCGAGUGAUGAAGACGUUUAA